ACGGAAGUGACGCAGAAACUACGGAAGCACGCUCUGCGGACUGCAGCUAUGAGAUCAAUAUAUUUACAGGAAUAAAUCAUGCAUCACAGAUCGCAAAUAUUCGAAAAAACAUGCCAUCAAAAUAAAUAGUCUGGAAGUGUUGUUGUUUUUCAUGGUACGCUGACGGAGAGAGGGUUUGACAUGUGGCCAGUCUCUGUGAAAAAACUUUGUGCUUUUUGUUUCUGCGCGUCUGCCUUUGUGUUUUUAAUCAUGACAUUUCAGGACACCUAGCUCUAAUCUACUCGAAGCGCACGAGAAUGCUGUCUAGAUGUCACGCUGUGUGUCCGCUGGCCUUCGGGAUCUGAUCAGUCUCUCACUAACCUUUGGAUAAAUCUCUGUCCUUUCCUCAUCCUUGGUAUCUCCUUUUACUAAAAUCUCCUUUUUUCCAUCCCUGCAAACUGACAUAUGAAAUAGCAAUUGAUUAAUGUUUUUAUUUAUUUAUUUAUUUAUUUUUUAAUAGAUGCAUUGCAUUAUUUUUCUCCACUUCUCUAACAAAUAAAACAUUUAUGAAACUUUUUCUUUUUCUUUUUUCUCUCGAAGAACAGCCGACUCAUAUGUGACCCUGGACCUCAAAAUCAGUCAUAAGGGUCAGUUUUUGAAAUUGAGGUUCAUACAUCAUGAAUAAAUAAGCUUUCCAUUGAUGUAUGGUUUGUUAUGAUAGGACAAUAUUUAGUCGAGAUACAACUAUUUGAAAAUCUGGAAUCUGAGGGUGCAAAAAAAUCUAAAUAUUGAGAAAAUCGCCUUUAAAGUUGUCCAAAUGAAGUUCUGAGCAAUGCAUAUUACUAACCAAAAAUGAAGUUUUGAUAUAUUUACGGUAGGAAAUUUACAAAAUAUCUUCAUGGAACAUAAUCUUUACUUAAUAUCCUAAUGAUUUUUGGCAUAAAAUAAAAAUCGAUCAUUUUGACUGAUACAAUGUGUUGUUGGCUAUUGCUACAAAUAUAUAUAUAUAUAUAUAUAUGUGUGGUCCAGGGUCACAUAUAUUUGUCUUGACCAAACCUUCCUCAGUAAAUCCAUCCUUCAUGUGUGCAGUAUCAGUGGUCAUGUAUUCACAGGCUUGUCUGUCUGUGCAGGUUAUCGAACAGCUUGGAGAGUUUGAGCAGAAGGCACUCGGACAGCAGUUGUCACAGAGACAGGCCGCUGAGGCGAUUCCUCGUGGCUCAGAGCUCCAGGACCCUGUUAUUGUGUGGUGGUCUCCUCUGACCGGAGAACUGGGACGUCUCGGAGAGUGCGGCCCUAACAGAUGUUUCUUCACUGUUAACAAGUCUUAUCAUUCCCAUCCACAGACAAAAGCUUUUCUUUUUUAUGGUACCGAUUUCAGCAUUGAAAGUCUUCCUCUUCCGCGUCACGAGCAGCACCAGUGGGCGUUGUUUCAUGAGGAGUCACCCAAGAAUAACUACAAGCUUUUUCACGAGCCGCUCAUUACCCUGUUCAACCACACAGCGACCUUCAGCCGCCGCUCUCACCUGCCCCUCACCACGCAGCACCUGGAGGGCCUCGGCGCCCUCAGCGCACAAACACACCUGCUGCCUCUGUCCUACAAAAACCAGCUGAGGAGAACUCUGGCGCCUGUGGUGUACGUCCAGUCCGACUGCGACCCACCGUCUGACAGAGAUGUUUACGUUCGAGAGCUGAUGCAGCACAUUCAAGUGGACUCAUACGGACAGUGUCUUCAUAAUAAAGACCUGCCACCUCAUCUGAGAGACUCCACUGCGAUGGACGAUCACGAUUUCUACCAGAUCCUCGCCCAGUACAAGUUCAUCCUGGCCUUUGAGAACGCCGUCUGUGAUGACUAUAUCACUGAGAAACUGUGGAGGCCGCUCAAAUUAGGAGUUGUGCCGGUGUACUACGGAGCUCCUAACGUGCGCAUGUGGUUGCCAGAUAACAGGAGCGCAGUCGUGGUCGAUCCCCAAGAGCCGCCGAAGAAGCUCGCUCAGUAUUUAAAGAGGUUGGACAAGAAUGACUGGGAGUAUCUUAGGUAUCUGGAGUGGAAGCACAAGCGGGAAAUAUCUAACGUGAAUCUGGUGACCGAGCUGAAGGAGCGUCCGUGGGGUGUUCAGGAUAUUGGUCAGGAUAACUUCAUUGAUGCCUUCGAGUGCAUGGUGUGCAACAGAGUCUGGGAGAAUAUCCACCGGCGGGAAAAGAAACUGCCGUCUAAAGUCUGGCGAGCUGAAGAAAGCCACCUCACAUGCCCACCUCCAAAACUGUUUGAGUUUGCGGUGAGAAGCAGCUCGUCUCCUCGGCAGAUAUGGAGAGCCAGUUAUGAGCAGUCCAGACGAGAAGCCCGAGCGCUGGGACUGCUGAUUCACAGGAACAGAAACUUUACGGUCACGCAGUUCUGGAGAAAAGUGAUUGAAGGAAACUGAUAACUGAAAUGCAGUUAUGAUGUUUAUGUGGAUGGUGAACCUGUGGGCUGCAUUUCAAGAGGAAAUACAACAUCAAAAGUGAUGUGUAAUUCAUAGGGCUAUUUUCAUGUUAUGUGGAAACAAUCUUUAUGUGGACGUGACAUUUUCUCUUAAACAUGCUCAGGAUAUGCAUUAACGUGAUUUUAUAGUAUAUAACCUAAUAUCCUAUGCAAAAGGCUGGUAACACUUGACAAUAAGGUCCCAUUAGUUUAAUGUUAGUUAAUGCAUUAACAAUGAUGAUUACAUUUGUUACUGUAUUUUUAAUCUGUUAACAUUUCGUCACUUUGGAAUUAUAAGGUUCUAUCUGCAUUCUGAGCAGUUUUGAAAUAUUGAGCUUCAAAGUUUUUGCAUUCUUAUAGCGAUAAGGCGAACAAGUUUCUUUCAUACAUCAGGCCCAAAAUGUACACAACUUACAAAAAAACAAACAAACAAAAAAAACCAAUGUAAUUAAGUUGUCACAGAAUAAGAAUAUGUGAAUAACUCAAUUUUGACAAAAACAAAAAAAACAGAUAGAGCCUUAUAAUUCCAAGGUGAUGAUUUGUUAAUAUAAACUGUGACUUUCAUAAAUUCAGUUACAGUUUAGCAAAAAUACAGAAAACCCAACAGAAGCAAACAUUAAACCUCAUUUUUAAUAUUUGUUUCCUAAGCAGUUUCUUUGCGUGAGUAUGGCAGAUGUUUUUUUCAUCCGUGAAGUCAGUGUUCAGUACUCAAGGCAGCAGACGUUGCCUAAUAAACUUGAAAUAAAUGACAAUUUUACA